GGGAGGGGGGAGAGACAGAGAGGAAGGUGUGGAAGAGGAGAAGGACAUGGGGGCCCUUUAAAAGCAGAUUAAGACAGGUUACGCGUCUCAUUUUGGACAAAGCCUCUCCACGCACACACUGUCCGCUACAGAAAAAGUGACACACACAGGUCACGCUGUCUGGGAAUAUGGCCUCCACCACCAACGAUGUUUUACCCUCGGGGGGUCAAAUCUUCGCCACCAUUCCUGAUCUCUUCUUCCUCCCUGAGUUUGUGUUUGGUGGUUUGGUGUGGAUCCUUGUGGCGACCACACAUGUCUCACCAGAAAACCCUUUAGGGUGGGUGAUGUUUGUCUCAGUCUUCUGCUUCAUCAUGACAACACUCUGGCUCUUCGUCUUCCUCUGCGGUUGCAACCAGAGCAGCAUCUGGCCCACCCUGGAUGUUGGCUACCAUUUUUUUGCCGCUGUCUUGUACCUGAGUGCGUCUGUGGUCCUGGCGUAUAUCACCUAUAGCUAUGGUCUGGUGGUAAACAUCACUUCAGGUUCAGAUCUUAACUUUCAAGAACUUCUCAAAACCUUUCGACUGGACAUUUCUGCAGUGGUGAUGUCCUACGUGGCAACUCUUCUAUACUUCCUCCAUGCCAUCUUUUCUGCCAUCCGAUGGAGAAAGGCUUGA